CUAAUCUCGGGAAAAACGAGAACAAUGGGAAGCGACGUCUGUUGGCGCUAAAAAUUUGCAUUCAUAAUGUAAACCAAAAUAUUUACAUUUUUUAACGUAGAAGCUAAAUUCGUGAUUUCUUCCAAUCACUCACCUGACAGCUAACGACAAAUAUCUUCUAGUUCAAAAUGCCAGGCCACUUGAAAUACAUCGAAGUGGAAAACUUCAAAUCAUAUCGUGGUAAACAAAAGAUUGGACCCUUCAACAAAUUUACUGCUGUCAUUGGUCCAAAUGGUUCAGGAAAAUCUAACUUGAUGGAUGCUAUAAGUUUUGUCCUUGGUGAAAAAACAUCAAACCUACGUGUAAAAAGAUUAAGUGAUCUCAUUCAUGGAGCACCAAUUGGUCAACCUGCUGCUAACAAGGCCACAGUUACAGCUGUCUAUGUUAAUGAAGAAACAGAUGAGGAUACUCACUUUACAAGAGUAAUUCAUGGUUCUUCAUCAGAUCAUAAAAUUAAUGGAAAGACAGUAUCUGCCACUGAAUAUAAUACACAACUUGAGAAGAUAGGGGUGAUAGUGAAAUCCAAGAACUUCUUAGUGUUCCAAGGUACAGUUGAAAGUAUUGCUAUGAAGAAUGCUAAAGAAAGAACACAGAUGUUUGAAGAAAUAAGCAGGUCUGGUGAGUUGAAAGAAGAGUAUGAUAAGGCCAAGGCAGAAAUGUUAAAAGCUGAAGAAGAUACUCAGUUUACUUACCACAAAAAGAAGGGUAUUGCAGCUGAAAGGAAAGAAGCUAAAAUGGAAAAAGAUGAAGCUGAAAGAUUCCAAAAGUUACAAGAACAAAUGGAUGAUAAGCAGUUGGAACUUCAGUUGUUUAAAUUAUUUUACAAUGAAAGAGACAUAGAUGAGUUGGCUGAUGAAAUAAACAGGAAAAAUACUUUGCUAGAAAAAGAAACAAGGAGAAGAGACAAAAUAGAUGAUGAAAUUAAGGAGAAAAAGAAGGAACAAGGCAGAAUGAGUAGAGAUCUGACCAAAGUUGAACAGUCUAUAAGAGAAUCUGAAGUUGAACUGAAUAAGAAACGUCCUUUAUACAUAAAAGCAAAAGAAAAGACUUCCCACAUGAUAAAAAAAGUUGAAGCCGACAAAAAAUCCCUGAAACAAGCAAAGAAAACACAUGAUAACCAUGAAAUGGAGAUAAGAGAACUGGAAAAAGAAUUGGAAGAAGUUGACAAAAAAAGGCAGGAGUUUGAAGAAAGAAUAGAAGAAGAGUCUCAGUCCCAAGGAAGAGAUUUAAAUCUAGAAGAAUCUCAGGUACAAGAAUAUCAUAGAUUAAAGGAAGAGGCUGGAAAGAGAGCUGCUAGAUAUAUGCAGGAAAUGGAUACUAUCAGUCGAGAACAAAAAUCUGACCAGGACAGAUAUGAUAAUGAAAUGAGGAAGAAAAAUGAAAUGGGUGCUAAAAUCAAACAGAAAGAAAGUGAAAUGGAAGAAAAUAGAAAAAGAGUGGAAAAGUUGAAUGAAUACAUAAGAACAAGUAAUCAGACAGUAGCUGAACAAAAAAAGAUAGAAGAAGAACUUACUGCUCAAGUAGAACAAGCUAACUCAAGAAUUUCAGAGAUUAAUGUAGAUCUAGAAUCCAUCAUGGAUCAGUUAGGGGAGGCCAAAGUUGACAAACAUGAAAGUGCAAGAGCUAUGAAGAAAAAAGAACUAUUAGAUAACCUGAAAGGUCUAUUUAGUGGAGUUCAUGGUAGACUGAUAGACCAGUGUGAACCCAGUCAUAAAAGGUACCAGAUUGCUAUCACUAAAGUUUUGGGUAAAUACAUGGAUGCUAUUGUGUGUGAUACAGAGAAGACAGCUAAAGAUUGUAUCCAAUACAUGAAAGAACAAAGGAUUGAUCCAGAGACAUUCUUACCACUUGACUAUCUUGAUGUACGAUCUGUUAAUGAAAAACUAAGGGAAAUUCGAGAACCAAAGAAUGUGAAGUUAGUGGUAGAUGUUAUAAGAUACAAUCCACCAUCCAUCAAAAAAGCUUUACUGUUUGCUUGUGGUAAUGCUUUAGUAUGUGAAACUGUUGAAGAUGCUAGACAUGUGGCAUUUGGUACUCAUGAGAGGCACAAGACUGUUGCUUUAGAUGGUACCUUAUUCCAGAAAUCUGGUGUAAUCUCAGGUGGUGCUAGUGAUUUGAAGGCAAAAGCCAGACGAUGGGAUGAGAAACAAUUAGGGCAGCUAAAAAUAAGAAAAGAAAAAAUAACUGAUGAAUUAAAAGAACACUUGAAAAUGAAGCGGAAAGAAUCAGAACUUAGCACAUACAGAUCUCAGAUUAAAGGCUUAGAAACACGUCUAAAAUACUCAAUUACUGACAGAGAUAAUACAAUGAACAAGAAUGUAUCAGCCAUAGAAAGAGAUGUAGUCCAGUAUAAUGAAAUGUUAAAACAGUUUGCUCCAAGAAUGGCAGAACUGGAAAGAAAAAUGAAAGAACGAGGGGAUGCUAUGAAAAUUAUAAAAGAUAAAAUGAACAGAGUGGAGGAUGAAGUAUUUUCUGAAUUUUGUUCUCAAAUUGGAGUUGAAAAUAUACGACAAUACGAAGAAAGAGAACUACAGAUACAACAAGAAAGGGCAAAGAAAAGACUGGAAUUUGAAAACCAGAAGUUCAGACUUCAAAAUCAAAUAGAAUUUGAAAGAUCAAGGGAUACAAUAGUGAAUGUGAAAAAAUGGGAAAAAGCUGUACAGAAUGACGAAAAAGAAUUAGAUAAAGUAAAAAAUGAUGAAGCACGACACAUGAAGAUUAUAGAAGAAGAAAUGAGUAAUCAAGAAAGAUUCAAGUCACAGAAACUAACACUUAAGUCACAAGUUGAUGAUUUUGAGUCAGAAGUAAAUGAAAUAAAGAAGCGACUGUCGUCUCAACAGAAAGAAGUUUCUGCUGCACAGAAACAGAUCUCCUCUGUAGAAACUAAGUUAGAACAGAAGAGAGCAGAAAGACAUAGUCUUUUAAAAGCUUGUAAGAUUGAUGAUAUUAAGUUACCUCUGUCAAAAGGAACGAUGGAUGAUAUAAGCAGAGAGGAUGAACCUUCUAGCGCUGUUGAUCCUCCAUCAGAAAGUACACCAGCCGACAGUAUGAGUAGUCAGGGUGCUAAAACAAUAUAUGCUAAAGAAGCACAGAUUACUAUUGAUUAUAGUUCGUUGGAUGAUGACUUGAAGGAUUUGGAUAGUGCUGAAGAAAUCAAGAAGAUGAUGACACAGUUAACAAAGAAUGUAACAGACAUGACAUCCACUUUACAGAGAAUUAAUGCUCCAAACAUGAAAGCAAUGGAAAAAUUGGAUGGGGUAAGAGAAAGAUUUCAAGAAACUGCUGAUGAAUUUGAAAAUGCCAGAAAAAGAGCCAAGAAAGCAAAGCAAGCAUUUGAGAAAGUGAGAAAAGAGAGAUAUGACAGAUUUAUGUCAUGUUUUGAACAUGUAGCCACAAGAAUCGAUGAAAUUUACAAGGCUUUAUCAAGAAACCAGGGAGCUCAGGCUUUCCUAGGUCCAGAGAACCCAGAGGAACCAUACUUAGAUGGAGUUAACUAUAAUUGUGUGGCACCAGGAAAGAGAUUUAGACCUAUGGAUAAUUUAUCUGGAGGAGAGAAAACAGUGGCAGCUUUAGCUUUGUUAUUUUCAAUACAUAGUUUCCAACCAGCUCCAUUCUUCGUAUUAGAUGAGAUAGAUGCUGCAUUAGAUAACACCAAUAUUGGCAAAGUAGCAGCUUACAUCACAGAACAAUCAAGGGCUUCCUUCCAGUGUAUAGUCAUUUCUCUGAAGGAAGAAUUCUUUAACAGAGCAGAUUCACUUAUAGGAAUUUAUCCUGAGCCAGGAGAUUGUAUUGUGAGUAAUGUGUUAACAUUAGAUCUGACCACUUACCCAGAGAAACAAGAAAAUGAUACAGACAGUCCUAAUAAACCACAACGGUGAAAUCACAUUAACCGCACUUGAUUAUAAAGUUCAAAGAACAUGUAUUGAAUUUUAUUCUUUAAAAAAAAAUGAAGAAAGCAAGUAUUGGUUUUAUUAAAGCUGUAUAUUUGUAAUUUAAGUUGGAAAUAUAUAUUUUCGUUUUAUUGUAAAGCAUACCUGUUUUCUUUUAACCUUGUAAAUGAAUUUCUCUGUAAAUUUCUAAGGGUUAAUUUUAAAUGCGAAGGCUAAAAUUGAUAAUUCCAUAAAACUACUGCAAUAUUCAUCGUUAAUAAUGUAUGCCAACACCAUAAUGAUCACAACUUUGUAAAUAGUCCAUAGAUAUAUGUAAUCAUUGUAAGUGUUCAUAGUGUAGAUUAUGAUUUCAUAUGAAGGUCAACAUGACUGAAUCAAGAAUCACAUUCAUUAGUUUUUGUUGUUACUACAUUCUUGUCGAUUAAAAAAAAAAAAAACAAUUUAAAGCUGU